AUGCCGGGACAUGGAGUCCGCGGGCUCCGCGCCCGCUCCGCCCCGCUCGGCGGGCGGGGGCGGCUUGGCUGCCGAGUGCUGGUCGCGAUCCUCACGACGGGGCAGACAAAGCAAUGCGGCAAGGGAGCGCCAGAGGGCGCCAUGGGCCACGCCGCCCCGCCCCCGCGGAGCCGCCCCGCCCCGCGGAGCCCCCAGCCCGCCUCAGCCAUGGCGGCCCCGGCCGCGCUGCGCCCGCUCCUGCCCCUCGUCCCCGUGGCCGCCGCGCUGGCGCUGGCCGCGGGCGGGGGCACCGCGGGGACAGGUCCGGGGCGACGGCACGGCGGGGACCGCGGGAGGGCCGCGCGGGGGGAUGAUUACCGGGUGUCCGCGGGAUUGUCCCGGGAUGCUCGCGGUCCGGACAGCCCGGUGCCCCCGCCGCUGCCGCGCCCCGUGCCCGCGGGCCGGGCACGCUCGGAGCCCGCAGCCAGCCCCGGUCUCCUCCCGGCUCCCCGCGGCCGCCGAGCCCCGCCUGGGGAGGCUCCGGAGCGCUCCGUGCCCGCGGAGCCGCGCUCCGGCAGCGACAUCGUCCAUCCCAUCAAGGUCGACGAGAGCGGAGCCUUCCUGUCCUACGACUUGUCGCACCGGGCCCUCCACCGGAGGUCUCCUGCCUCCAGGAGCCAGCUCCCCGCCUUCUACGAGCUGCAGUACAGGGGGCAAGCCCUGAAAUUCAACCUGAGCCUCAACAGGCACCUGCUGGCCCCGGGCUUUGUCAGCGAGCGGCGUUUCGGGGGCAUCGCGGGCGCCAAGAUCCAGCCGCGCUCCCACAACCCGUGCCACAUGAUCGGGGAGGUGCGGGGCCCGCGGCAGGCGGGGCUGGCUGCCCUCAGCACCUGCGACGGCCUGAAAGGAGUGUUUCAGCUCAUGGACCAGGACUAUUUCAUCGAGCCCGUGUCCAGCAGCCCCCGGGAGGAGGGAGCAGCCCAGCCCCACAGGAUCUACAAGCGCCAGGUGCCCGAGGCCAGGGCCGAGCAGGGCAGGAGCCCCCCGGCCCCGCGGGAGCCCUGCGGCGUGCCAGGUACUGUCCCUUCCUCCGUGUCACCGAGCCUGGAAUGGUCUGAGAGGCGCAGGGAGAGGUGGGAGCAGAAGCAGCACAGGAGGAGGAGGAGGAGGAUCAAGCAGCGCUCCAUCAGCAGGGAGAAGUGGGUGGAGACGCUGGUGGUGGCAGACACCAAGAUGGUGGAGUUCCACGGCAGUGCCAACAUCGAGAAGUACGUGCUGACCGUCAUGAACAUGGUGGCAGGGCUGUUCCACCACGCCAGCAUCGGGAACCCCAUCAACGUCGCCAUAGUGCGGCUGAUCCUGCUGGAGCACGAGGAGGAGGACCUGAAGAUCUCCCACCACGCAGACAACACCUUGAAAAGCUUCUGCAAGUGGCAGAAGAGCAUCAACGUGAAGGGAGACUCGCACCCCCUGCACCACGACGUGGCCGUGCUGCUCACCAGGAAGGACAUCUGUGCUGCCAUGAACAGGCCCUGUGAGACCCUGGGGCUGUCCCACGUGGCCGGGAUGUGCCAGCCCCACCGGAGCUGCAACAUCAACGAGGACACGGGGCUGCCGCUGGCCUUCACCGUGGCCCACGAGCUGGGACACAGUUUUGGGAUUCAGCAUGAUGGAAGCAGCAAUGACUGUGAGCCAGUUGGGAAAAGACCUUUCAUCAUGUCUCCACAGCUCCUGUAUGACACGUCCCCACUCACCUGGUCCCGCUGCAGCCGCGAGUACAUCACACGCUUCCUCGACCGGGGCUGGGGGCUGUGCCUCGAUGACCCCCCGGCCCGGGAGCUGCUGGACUUUCCCCUGGUGCCCCCGGGUGUCCUGUACGACGUGGGCCACCAGUGCCGCCUGCAGUACGGCCCCUACUCCACCUUCUGCGACGACAUGGACAGUGUCUGCAGCACGCUGUGGUGCACGGUGGGGAACACGUGUCACUCCAAGCUGGACGCAGCUGUGGAUGGCACAGCCUGCGGGGAGAGCAAGUGGUGCUUCAACGGCGAGUGUGUUCCCGUGGGCUUCCGGCCCGAGCCCAUCGACGGCGGCUGGAGCUCCUGGAGCGCCUGGGCCUCCUGUUCGCGCAGCUGUGGGGCAGGAGUGCAGAGCGCUGAGAGGCACUGCAGCCACCCCACGCCCAAGUACGGGGGCCGGUACUGCCUGGGCGAGCGCAAGCGGUUCCGGAUCUGCAACGUGCGGCGCUGCCCCCCGGACGGGCCCUCCUUCCGCCAGGUGCAGUGCAGCCAGUUCAACCCCAUGCUCUACAAGGGCAAGCUCUACAAGUGGACACCGGUGCCCAACAACAUGAACCCCUGCGAGCUGCACUGCCGGCCCGAGCACGAGUACUUUGCGGAGAAGCUGCGGGACGCCGUGGUGGACGGCACGCCCUGCUACGACGGCGACGCCAGCCGCGACGUCUGCAUCAACGGCAUCUGCAAGAACGUGGGCUGUGACUAUGAGAUUGACUCUCACGCCGUGGAGGAUCGCUGCGGGGUGUGCCACGGGGACGGCUCCACCUGCCACACCGUGCACAAGACGUUCGAGGACAGCGAGGGGCUGGGCUACGUGGACAUUGGCAUUAUCCCCGUGGGAGCCCGGGAGAUCCGGAUUGAGGAGGUGGCAGAAGCCGGGAAUUUCCUGGCGCUGCGGAGCGAGGACCCCGAGAAGUAUUUCCUGAAUGGAGGCUGGACCAUCCAGUGGAACGGGGACUACAGGGUGGCAGGGACCACCUUCACCUACAAGAGGACAGGCAACUGGGAGAACCUCACCUCUCCGGGGCCCACCGUGGAGCCCGUGUGGAUCCAGCUGCUGUUCCAGGAGACCAACCCCGGGGUGAGGUACCAGUACACGAUCCAGCGCCCAGCUGACAGCGAGAACGAGAUCGAGCAGCCCGAGUUCCUGUGGCGCUUUGGCUCCUGGACCACCUGCACGGCCACCUGCGGGACAGGGGUGCAGCGGCAGGUGGUGCACUGCGUGGAGAGGCUGGCGGGGCUGGUGGAGGAGCGGUUCUGCGAUGCCCUGACGCGCCCCGACGACCAGCAGCGCACCUGCAGCGAGGAGCCCUGCCCAGCCAGGUGGUGGGUGGGUGAGUGGCAGCAGUGCUCAGCCACGUGUGGCCGGGCAGGGCUGAUGAAGAGGACGGUGCUGUGCAUCCAGAGCGUGGGGCUGGACGAGCAGCGGGCCCUGCAGCCAGCAGACUGCCAGCACCUCGCCAAGCCUGAUGCCACCAUGCCCUGCCACCCAGAGGUCCCCUGUCCCUCCCCGUGGGCUGUGGGCAACUGGUCUGAGUGCUCGGUGACCUGUGGGAACGGGACCCAGCGGCGCCCGGUGCACUGCAGCAACAGCACCGGCACCCCGUGCGAGCCUGCCCACAGACCCAGCCCCGAGAGGGCCUGCUCCUUGCCACAGUGCCACCAGAGAUGGGACAGCACAGACUGGUCUGGCAGCGGCUCCUCCAGCAGGGAGGUGUUUAAUGACAUCCAGUACAUCCCCAGCAAGCACGUUCCUCAGUUUAACCCCUUCGUCCCACACGGGCCGGAGUCCAACGACGUCAACGUCAUCACGGAGGAGGACUUCUCAGCCAGGAAAGGAAACGUCUUUGUGGAUGACUUUUACUACGAUUAUAACUUCAUCAACUUCCACGAGGAUCUGUCCUACUACCCCUUCACGGAGAAGGAGAGCAGAGGCGAGGAGCCAAGGGCAGAGCUGAGCACGGAUGGCACCGAGGGGCCCUGGGAGGUGCCCACCGAGGCCCUGCUCACCACAGGGCUGGGAGCAGAGAGCCAGGGGCAGCCAGGCCCCCAGGAGGAGCACACCUCUGCCCCUGUGCAUGGGCGAGACACAGAGCCCGGGGGUUUAGGCAGGAAUCACCUCCUGAGCACGGUCCCCGAGGAUGUGGGAUCAGCUACUCCCACAUACACCACCCAUGCCUUUUUGGGGGAGCAGGAGGAGGAGGAUGCCGUGCCUGUGCCCCACUCUGAGCACCACCCGCCCACCCAGAGCUCCGUGAGCCCUGACUCUGCACACCACGGCCAGGCAGGGCCCUGGCAUGAGCCCCAGGGAGCUGUGCCCAGCAGGAGCAGCCUGGGGCAGGGUGUCCCCGCUCCCUGGGGUCCCCACCCCGCCGGUGUGGGCUGGGGCAGUGCCCGGGUGGAUGUGUCCCUGGGGCCAGCAGCACGGGGCAGCAGCAGCAGCGAGGGCACACAGGGACACGGCACUGCAGGGAGAGGCCACGGGGACUCCAGGGAAAUGGCUCUGGCCACCAGCAGUGACAGUCCUGGUGCAGCCCCGCAGCCCAGCGAGCAGCACGGGUGGGCAGGGGUGCCAGAGGGGAUGCCGGAGGGGAUGCUGGACACGCGGGCAGGAGGGCAAUCCCAUGGCAUGCAGAGGGCAGAUGCUGCCUUGCCCACCCCGCAGGGCCCGGGCUGGGAUGUGGCAGGGAGUGCUGGCAGCCCCCACCCUGUCCUGAGCCCCCCUCCUCAUCCCUGCUCCGAGGGAUCCCUCACCAUGGGCACCCCCCGGGACACCAACGAGGGACCCCUCACCAUGGGCACCUCCAGAGACACCAACGAGGGACCCCUCACUGUGGGCACCCCCAGAGACAUCAAUGAGGGACUCCUCACUGUGGGCACCCCCAGAGACAUCAAUGAAGGACUCCUCACCAUGGGCACCCCCAGGGACGUCACCAAGGGACCCUUCACCGUGGGCACCCCCAGGGACACCAACGAGAGACCCCUCACUGUGGACACCCCCAGGGACACCAACGAGGGACCCCUCACCAUGGGCACCCCCAGGGACACCAACGAGGGACCCCUCACUGUGGGCACCCCCAGGGACACCAACGAGGGACCCCUCACCAUGGCAGCCACUGCCAAGCCCAGCUGGGAGGUCGGGAACUGGAGUGAGUGCUCGGCCACGUGCGGCCUGGGCGCGGUGUGGCGCUCGGUGCGCUGCAGCAGUGGCGCUGACGGUGGCUGUCCCAUGGCCGACAGGCCCGUCCCCGCCCGGAGGUGCUCCCUGAGACCCUGCUCGGCCUGGCGUGUGGGCACCUGGAGCAAGUGCUCCAGGAGCUGCGGCGGGGGCACCAAGGUGCGGGACGUUCACUGCGUUGACACCCGGGACCAGCGGCUGCUGCGGCCCUUCCACUGCCAGGCGGGGCUGGCACAGCCGCCGGCACAGCUGCCCUGCCACAGUGCCCCGUGCCUGGACUGGUACACGUCCUCCUGGAGAGAGUGCUCGGAGCCGUGUGGCGGCGGGGAGCAGGCCCGGCUGGUGACGUGCCCGGAGCCGGGGCGCUGCGAGGAGAGCCUGAGGCCCAACAGCACCCGGCCCUGCAACAGCCAGCCCUGCACCACCUGGGUGGUGGGCUCCUGGGGACAGUGCUCGGCUCCCUGCGGAGGGGGCAUCCAGCGGCGGCAGGUGAAGUGCAUCGACACCAGGACCGGGGUGGCCGAGGAGGACAGCAGCAUGUGUGACCACGAGCCGUGGCCAGAGAGCAUCCAGAAGUGCAACCCCCAGGAGUGUGACAGCUCCGAGGCAGGUGUGCCCUGCGAGCGCGACCGCCUGAGCUUCGCCUUCUGCCGGACGCUGCGGCUGCUGGGCCGGUGCCCGCUGCUCACGGUGCGUGCCCAGUGCUGCCGCAGCUGCCAGCCUGCCCUGCCCGCGCCCGGGCAGCAGCGCGGCCGGCAGCGCCUGGCCCGCAGGUGA